AUGCCAAAUCAAUAUGAUAUUCCCGCGACACCGCGUGUGAUUUCCCCAUCGCCAACACCUUCAGACCUCUCGGAUUCAAGAGACUACAUCUCGGAUAAGCGGCCGCUUUCAUCGCCUCCUCCCAUCCCGGAAGAGGAGGCUUCAAACGACGAUGCAUCCAGCUCAGAUUCCAGUACAAACAAGCGGUCUCGCGCCCGUUCUCGAAGCCCGGUCUUGUUGUCUUCCUCUGUUCAGCGUCGGCGCAAGUCUUACUCUGGGGUUGGUGAUAAGGCUACUCCGGUAGCAAAUGGGCACACGUCGGCAAAUGGCCAUCUAUCACCAUUUUCGGGUGCUCAGAACAGCUGGCGAGUUAUUUCACGGUCUCCUUCUCCUCUCGGCCUGAUUCCUCUCCACUCGCAUUACCGAACCUUCAUCCAUCGCCAUGAGAUUCCGCGUAAAUUACUACAUGUCUCCAUCGGCUUUGUUGCCCUCGAUAUGUUCCGCCGUGGCGUACAGGCGGACCAGUUAACCCCCUGGCUCUUUUCCGCUUUCAUUCCCAUCGCAGCUACCGACUUCCUGCGUCAUCGUUUCCCCGCCGUCAACAGGUUCUACAUUCGCUGUCUUGGAGCCCUGAUGCGCGAAACUGAAGUCUCGGGCUUCAACGGCGUGAUCUGGUACGUUUUGGGCGUCUUCAUAGUCCUCUACUUCCUUCCCAAGGACAUCGCCAUGGUCUCUGUCCUGCUUCUCAGCUGGUGUGAUACCGCUGCAUCUACAUUUGGCCGGCUUUACGGCCGAUAUACCCCCCGCCUCCGCCGCGGGAAGAGUUUGGCGGGUACACUUGCUGCCUGGGUCGUUGGUGUGAUGACUGCUGUGGCCUUUUGGGGGUACAUCGUUCCCGCAGUAGGAACUUUCCCUGAUGACCCCGAGAACGCCAACAUGUUUACUGGCUCCAUCCGGCUCCUACCUCCAGCCGCAACUAAACUGAUAGAAUGGAUUGGUCUCCCAACUUCGACCUCUGAAAACUCCAUCGUCUCUGGUCCACUUGCUCUUGGAAUUGUGAGCUUGUGGACAGGCGUUGUAGGCGCUGGUAGUGAGCUCAUUGACCUUUUCGGCAUUGAUGAUAACUUGACAAUCCCUCUUUUGAGCGGAAUUGGGAUGUGGGGCUUCUUCAAAGUCUUCGGUGCUUAG